ACCAAUGACAAUUCGUACCAAAUUUGCUUUUAAGAAAUUUUAAUUUCUUUAAAAAGAAAAGGAUUUCAGGACCACCUGAAUAAAAUAUGCCAUGUCUUUCCCAAGGAACUAGUAUGACUUUUCUAAAGACAGGUAAAUGUACAAAGGGCUCAUUCUUUUAAUUAAGUGUUCAAGCAAAAUUUCCCACUUACUUGUGGUGGUUUACAAAAGCCAGCAACACCUUCACCAGUGCCUCCUUGUUUCACACUGAGACAUUAUAUUUUUCCAGAACUAAGACAAAAUGGCGACUGCUGCCAUUCCACGGAAUGAGAUAGAAAACACAAUGCGUAUGGGGCUAAUGAUACAUCGGUCACAAGAUGUGCUUCAAGAUGUCCUCAGUACACAGUUACUAACAACUUAUCCAGGGUUGUUUGAUCCAUCAAAUGGUGGCAAGUUGUUUGAUAUUUUAACUGACCAAAAGGCAAAUCAAACUUUGUUACAGUUGAAAAAAAUGAAAGUUUUGAAUGCAAGCCAAAUGAAGCUGCUAUACCCUUCUGGGAAUCCCUCUACAACUGUUACACUGAAGGACUUAGAUGUGACUCUUACAGUAGUCUUGUUAAGAAAUAUCACAACACUAAAUCCAAAGGGCAGUUGGGAGAAUCCACCAACAAGUGACACGUCUAUGGAAGCCCAGAUUGGCAGAGUGAAGAAAUACCGUAACAAAUUUUCCCAUGGGGGCGCCAGUCUCACAGAUGCUGCAUUUCAGACCCAGUUUACAGAAUUGAAAGCUUUGUUGUUAUCAUUGUCCACAAUCUACAGCAGUGAUGACUAUGACAAGUUGCUUACUGAUCCAUUGCAUGCAGCAGAAGCACCUUGUGAGCUCAUCUCUACUAACCUUCCAAGUAGAACUCCAGAGCUGAAGGGACGAGUGGACCUGGUGCAGAAAAUACUGCAGCAUGUUGAAAAUGACACAAAACUCAUUCUCCUGACUGGCAUGGGGGGCAUAGGUAAAACAAGCAUAGCUGUUGAGGUUGGACAUCACAGAAAAUAUGUCAGAAAAGAUGUCUUGCAUAUUGAUAUGAGAAAAGUUGUAAAUCUUGAUUCUGUUAAAUUAUCACUUGUGCAGCAGUAUCACCCAAAUCAGUUUUUGAAAGAUAUUUACAGUGAUUAUCAGAACAAAUUUACACAAACUAUGUCUAAUUUAGCAACAGACACUCUCCUUAUCCUUGAUAAUAAUGACAGUGUUUUGAAUUCACACCAGCAAGAGUUUCUGCAGUUACUAGAGGAAGUCAUGAAUUCAUCAAAACAUAUCACUCUUUUAUGCACCAGUCGUGAAUCCUUCAGUCUUCCGUCACAAACCACAGUUACUAUAGACAUCCCUCCUCUUGGUAAAACAUCUUCAAGUGAAGUCCUUUGGGGGGAAAAUACGAUCAGCCCCACAGAUACUGAGACAGAAGCUUUAGGUGAAAUAUCAGAGAAAUGUGGCCACAAUCCCCUUGCACUAAAAUUAGCAGCUACCCAGAUCAAGCUCAAAACAGUACAAAAAGUGUUUGAGAAAAUGAAACGCAUAAAGGUCCUCCCCUCUCUUCAGUUACCUAACAUUCCUGCAUCACAAGGUAUGCUUACCUGCUUAGAGAUGUCUUACGAAACACUGAAUGACACAGAGAAAAAGGUGUUUAGGGGACUGCAUAUAUUUCCUGUUGCAUUCCAUUCAAAAGAAGUCUCAGAGAUUUUGGAGAUGGAUGAGGAUGAAUGUGAAUCUGUCCUUGACAAUCUUAGUGCUAAAUCACUCUUGAGUUUGGUCCAAAAUACCUAUGAUCUGCAUCCUUUGGUGAAGGAGUAUGCAGAGUUUCUUGCACAAACUGACAGCAAUGAAAUCUCUCACACACGAAAGAAAUACUGUGAUUAUUACAUAAGGCUUAUGCUCCAGCUAUACAUUGUGGAUACAGUUGAAGCUUCACUUUUUGAAAAUAUGUCAAAACUGGUGCCCCAUUUACACAUGACUGCCACAUUGCUUAAAAUGGAACUCUGCACUUCUAACAUACAACAGAAAAAAAUCAAAAUCAAUAUCCUACAAGAGAUUGCAAAUACGUUCCAUUUUCUAUUUCUGAAUGAAGAAGCUCUUUCGAUUUUUCAGUCAGUCGAGGUAGAAAUGCACACAAAAUUUGAAGGUCAACCAACUGAAAAAGCAGAAUUGCAAAACAAUAUUGGCUGUGUACUGCAUGCCAUGGACAAGGGAAAGUACAAAGAGGCACAUGAUUAUUAUAAAAAAUGUCUGGAAAUAAGGGAAGAGCUCUUAGGUAUAAAUCACUCUGACACAGCUACCUCAUACAACAAUAUUGGUAGAGUACAACAAAGCAUGGGGAAGUACAAAGAGGCACUCGACUACCAUAAAAAAUGUCUAGAAGUAAGAGAAGCGCUUCUUGGUCCCAAACACCCUGAAACUGCUACCACAUACGGCCAUAUUGGUUGUGCAUUAAAAGCCAUGGGUAAAUACGAAGAGGCACUUGACUAUCAAAAAAAAUGUCUGAAAGUAAGGGAAGAGCUUCUUGGUCCCAAACACCCUGAUACUGCUUCCUCAUACAACAGUAUUGGUGAUGCAUUGCAAACCAUGGACAUGGGUGAGUACAAAGAGGCCCUUGACUAUCAUAAAACAUGUCUGAAAGUAAGAGAAGAGCUUCUUGGUUCCAAACACCCUGAUACUGCUACCUCAUACGACAAUAUUGCUUGUACACUGAAAACCAUGGCCAUGGGAAAGUACAAAGAGUCACUUGACAAUUUCAAAAUAUGCCUAGAAGUGAGAGAAGAGCUACAAGGUACCAAACACCCUGAUACUGCUGUUUCGUACAACAAUAUUGGUAAUGUAUUGAGUGACAUGGACAUGGGGAAGUUCAAAGAGGCACUUGACUAUUAUAAAAAAAGCGAAGAAGUGAUGGAAGAGGUGCUAGGACCCAAACACCCUAAUACUGCCCAAUUAUAUGGCAAUAUUGGUUACUUAUUACAAAUCAUGGGUGACUACAAAGGAGCACUUCCAUAUUUAAAAAGAUGCCAUAAACUGAGAAAAGAGAUCCUAGGUCCCAAACACCCUAAUACCGAUAUGUCUUAA